AUGAAGAAACCUUGGAUUGUACCUUCAUGGAGAAUCGCCGCCGCGACGCUCCAUUGCCCCCACCCUACAUCUACCAAAGUUUUGGUUGUUAGAGAUACCAAGAUGAAUGACGAUAUGUAUCAUUCUUACGCUGAUUUGCUAAAUAGCACGUCACCGGAGUUUGUGGAAACUAAUCAAUUCGACGAGAUUUCUACACCUCCGAAAGUGCAGUGGCAGGUAUGGCUAAAUACAAGCAAGGAUGCUAUUACUGGAAAUGAUCAGAGAGCCACUACGUUUUGGGGAAAAAUAUAUGAUCUGUUUAUGAGUCAUGGCGGUGAUGUGGGGCGUACCGAGAAAAGCAUAAAACAUCGCUGGGGACAAAUUAAUGCACGAUGUGCUAAAUUUGCUGGUUGUGUCAAACAAAUCGACGAUAGGCAUCAAUCCGGUCAAUCGACUCAUGGAAAGUUGAUUGAAGCAAAACAUCUAUACGUUGCCGAUGAAGGUAGAGCUUUCCAACUAGAACUUUUCUUUGAACUUCUUCAAAACGAGAGAAAAUGGCAAACACUAAAAAAAAGUAAAAUUGUCAACCUCGAUGUUGAUGCAAGCCCAUUUGGUGAUAGUAGUGAUCAUUCCACUACUCACGUUCGGCCUCUCGGUAACAAGGCGUCAAAAGAACAAUUGUCAAGGAAGAAAGCAAACUUAAAGACCGGUAGCUCAUCUACGAUGCCUGUUACGGAUGAGCGUUGGGCAGAAAAGAUUGAAAUAGAAGAACAAAAGUUUGAGCAGCGCAAAAAAAUGAUAGAGGAGUCUCAAAAAAGUCGUGAGAUUGCAAUUAUGGGGACAAACACUAGCGGAAUGGAUCCAAUUCAUGCCGCUUAUUGGGAGGCCCAGAAAAAUGAAAUACUUAGCAAAAGAGGUUUUAAUUGA